GAAAUGACCCCACUGUGUUAAUAUUUUCAUUACUGAAAAUAGUUCCUGUUAAGUUUCUAUUUCGAUGAGCCAAAGCAAAGAUGUGGACCCUUCAAAACCUUCUGUUCUCCCUCUGCAUUGCUCUGAGAUGUGUGACCAGUGCGGUGGGAGUGAUCCAUGUGACUGGAUAUGUGGGGAGAAAGGUUAACCUUUCCUAUGAUCAGGGUUAUGAAUCUUAUGAGAAGUACCUGUGUAAAAACGGCUGUGGCAGCAGUGAUGUUCUUAUUACAACAUCAGAACCAGUGAAAAACAAAUACUCAAUCCAUGAUAACAAAACAGCACGAAUCUUCACCACGGCCAUCUCUGAGCUUCAUUCUGUGGAUGCUGGAACAUACUGGUGUGGGGUCAGCAAAAGUUGGAAAGAUAUCUACACUGAAGUCAAACUGAAAUUAGUGCAAGACAGCUGCUGUGACAUUGUGACCAAAAUCCAAAGUUAUGAGAGAUAUUCGGUAUCCAUCAGUUGUCCAUAUGAGUCGCAGUAUCAGAACAAUCUGAAGUACAUCUGCAGAGGAAACCGACCCUCCACAUGUCUGCAGCAGGCACUCAUCACUUCUGAGAAGAAACAAAAUGGACGAUUCAGACUCGAUGAUGAAAAUGUAUUGAGAAAUUUCACAGUGACCAUUAUCAAUUUGAGCCAAAAUGAUUCAGGGUCUUACCUUUGUGGUGUCCAAAGCAACUCUGACCUGGAUGUUUUUACUGCUGUUGAGCUGGAAGUUGAAGACUGGUGCUGUGUCAAGUCAGCUAAGAUAAAUGGUACUGUAGGACAUCCACUAACUCUGCAGUGUCCUUAUCCUCCACAACACCGAGAUAAGAGGAAGUUCCUCUGUAAGGGAGACCACCACAACAAUUGCGCAGACAUGUUGACCAGUGAAAGCAGGUUCACACUGCAGGAUGAUGCUCCUUCCAGCUCUUUCUCGGUGAGGUUGACAGAGCUGGAAGCAGCUGAUGCUGGGACAUACUGGUGUGGGUCAGACCCACAGUGGACAGUUGGAAACUACGUCAAGAUUGAGCUGUCAGUCUUUCACACCAGCACUGUAAAUCCUUUUACCACAGUGGAGACUCUGGGAACAAAUAUCACUGGUUCAGCACUCUAUGUGGUUUACACUGUGCCUCCUGUGCUGCUACUGACAUGUGUGCUAGUUAUUGUUUAUAAGUACAGACGUUCCAGAGUGAAAGAAGCUGAUAACACCAUGAGCAGAAAUACAGCCAAGGCAAAGAGCUCAGAGGAAGUGGUGGGUGCGACAGGAUGCAGAAUCUAUGAAAAUCAAGAAGCUGUGAUGACCAACAAACAACAAAGUGACUGUAACCACCAUGAAGAUGCAGGUAGAGAUGAAGAAGACUAUGAAAACUUGACCACAACAGAAGAAAUCUACUGUAAUGAAAAUUUCCAUAAAACCAACAGAAGAUAAAUAGACUUUGGAAAUGUGAUCCAUACCUUUGCUUUCAUUUUUGUUUAGAGUGUUCAUAAAAUGAUUUGCUCUGUUUUUAUAAAAUUGUGUAAA